GAAGAGGGAAAGAAAAUCAGGGGGAAGAGUUAACUAGUAGCGUUACGCGAAAGGUAUAAAAAGUUCCCGCGUGGCAAAACUCGUCCUGUUUGGCUGAAGACCCCCUCAUCCAUUCACAAGAGCUUCUGGGAGAGGCGGUGAAGAUUCACCGAAACGCCACCAUGACCCACCAGUUUCCAAGCCUCUCUCCGGAGCAGAAAAAGGCACUCUCUGACACAGCUCAGCGGAUUGUAGCUACUGGCAAAGGGAUCCUAGCUGCAGAUGAAUCUGUUGGGACAAUGGGUAACAGGUUGCAACGCAUCAAGGUGGAGAAUACGGAAGAAAAUCGCCGUCAGUUCCGUGAUAUUCUCUUCUCUUCCGACCCAUCCAUCAGCCAACAGAUUGGGGGAGUUAUUUUCUUCCACGAGACACUCUAUCAGAAGGACAACACUGGAAAACUCUUCCCAGCUGUCAUUAAGGACAAAGGCAUAGUGGUUGGAAUCAAGCUGGAUAAAGGCACAGCUCCACUGGCAGGAACUAACAAUGAAACCAGCAUUCAAGGUCUGGAUGGGCUUGCUGAGCGCUGUGCCCAAUAUAAGAAAGAUGGAGCAGAUUUUGGCAAGUGGCGUGCUGUGCUGAAAAUUACACAGACAACUCCUUCCACCCUUGCCAUCCAGGAGAACGCUAACACAUUGGCACGCUAUGCUAGCAUUUGCCAACAGCAUGGCUUAGUUCCUAUUGUGGAACCUGAAAUCUUACCUGAUGGAGACCAUGACCUGCAGCGAUGUCAGUAUGUGACUGAAAAGGUGCUGGGUGCUGUUUAUAAGGCCUUGAAUGACCACCAUGUUUAUUUGGAAGGGACACUGCUAAAGCCCAACAUGGUGACAGCUGGACAAGCUUGUCCCAAAAAAUAUACCCCACAAGAUGUGGCCAUGGCAACAGUUACAGCUCUCCUUCGGACAGUCCCAGCAGCUGUUCCAGGAAUUUGCUUCCUUUCUGGGGGCCAAAGUGAAGAGGAGGCCUCCAUUAACCUCAAUGCUAUCAAUCUGUGCCCACUGCCCAAACCCUGGAAGCUGACUUUCUCAUAUGGACGAGCUCUACAGGCAUCAGCACUGGCUGCCUGGUCUGGCAAGCCUGAGAAUAAGAAGGCUUCCCAAGAGGCCUUCAUGAAACGGGCAAAGAUUAAUGGCUUAGCUUGCAAAGGCCAGUAUGUCACAUCUGAAAAGAGCAGUGGAGCAGCCACCCAAUCACUGUUUAGUCCCAGUUACACAUACUAGUGUUAACAACCAAAACAACCAACUUCAACAACACCAAGGACCCCUCAUUUCAACCCUGAGCUACAAAUAUUCUCCUUUACUGACAUGCUAGUUCAUAAAGCAUGGCAGUUCAGUCACCCUCUCCUACAGUUGACAAAAGGCUGAAAGAGAAAACAUUCCACAAUAUACCUGUGUUUCCCUAAAAAUACGAUCUACCCCAAAAACAAGCUAUAGACCGAUUUUCACGCCUUUGCCUAAUAUAAGCCCUACCCCAAAACUAAGCCUGAGUUAAGCUCCACCCACCAGCUGAUUAUAUGAGGUGGGGCAAGGCGCAUGGGUAAAAGUGAAGCUAGAGUGGGGGUGAGGGAUGCAGCUGCUCCACAUGCUCCGCACACACUUACCUUAGUACUGCCGCAGCAGUAUGUUGCACUGCUGCCUGAAUUUUUCUAGGGCCGCUUGCAGCUGCUUGCAGCAUUAUGCUGCGUGGCUCGUUGCUCCGGUGCCUCUGGCUGGUCGCUCUGGUGCCUCUGGCUUGUCGCUCCGGUGCCUCCGGCUUAUCGCUCCGGUGCCUCCGGCUUGUCACUCCGGUGCCUCCGGCUCGACGCUCCGGUGCAUCCGGCUCGACACUCCGGUGCAUCCGGCUCAUCGCGUUGGUGGCAGCACCGGUGCAACGAUCCACUUGCCGUAUGGCCACAAGCAGCCACAAGCAGCCGCAGAAGAAGUGAAACAGUGGUGCAACAGGUGUCGGGGCAUGGGCGGCCUAGGUGCUGUAGUUGUACGGUAAGCGGGUAAGACAUCUCCUGAAAAUAAGACCUGACACUUAUUUUGGGGCCCAAAAGAAAAUAAGACCCAGUCUUAUUUUCGGGGAAACAGUAUAUUCUUAGUAGGAACAGCAAAUGGAUGGAUUUCAAUGAUAGGCAUCAUGGCAACUCUGUAAAUCCUUUGGCACCAUGCAAAUUAAUUUAAAUACAUUCAUAAGGAACCAGGCAGUUUUUAAGAAUAAUUAAUUGGUCCACUGUCUUAUGACUCCCUCCAUGUCCUAUUAUUAUCCAAGGGGAGAAAUAUGAAUAAAAUACCCAUGUGCAGAGAACAACAUGAAGAAUAUCAAGAGGAAGAAAGAAGAAGCAGAGAGUGACUUUUCCAUUCAAUAAACUCAGAGCCCAUGUCUUACCACUGUGAAAAGAUUAAAUGGCUGUGAAACUUUAGCCAA